UUUAACUCGUUCUGACUUGCAACAAAUUUUAGAUUUUAAAUAAAGUUUUGUAAAAUCUAAUAAAAUGACUGCAGCAAAUCAGGACAUUCCCGAGCUUAUCUACAACAAUCGAAGCAGCAAUCUGGCAUUGCCCAACAUACAACGCAUUGUUAGCUUAAGCAAAUUUAUGUCGGAAUCGAAAAGCUUCAAUGGCAAUGUGCACAAAGCUUUGGAGCACGUUUGUGAUCAGCAGGAGCAAUGCGAUGGCAUAAUGAAGCUGCUCAAGGAGCAAAUAACGCUCAAGAAGGAAGCGCUGCAACAGCUAAAGGAGGACAUGCUGGAGCUGCAGCGUCAGCUUCAUUUACCUGAUGCCUGCGAACGCUUCAGCAAGGAACCCAAAAUCUUGGUCAAAUUCGCUGACGAAACCGAAGUGAAUGAAUAUGAAAUUCCCUUCGCCUUGACGCGCUUCAGUCUCAAGAUGAGCAUACUAUAUAGUGAUAUAUUGGCGCUGGAUAGCGAUGUGGACUAUGUGAGCUACUUGCGCAGCAUUGCCAAGGUAAACAGAGAAUGUGUGCAGGAGCACAUCAAGACGCAGCAGCUGAAUAAGAAUCGUGCUAGGAACGCAGCUGCUGGAGAUGGCAAAUAGUUUUAUUUUUCAGUUUUAAUGUUGUUUUGAAUAAUUGCAAAGCCAAUGACUAAAUUAAAACUUGUGUGCAUUUUAA